AUGGAGCUCGACGUGGCCCAGACUCCUAGGGCUGAGAGAGAAGAGACGCAUGCGAGGAAACAGUUACCGAGGAGCACAAGCCAUCCGCCCACGCGAGCGCGGCCAAAGGGCCCCAGCUACAGCCUCUUCCCUCCGCCGGAAAAGCCGUUGCCGCCACUGCCCAUCGUGGUAGAAAAGACAAAGCACUCUACCUCGGCGGCCCCGAGCGUCUCGCUCGACAAGGCGCGGCCGAGGGCCGACAGCGCCUCCCUGUCUUCGACUACAACCUUGGACUUUGAAGCCUCCGCAUAUUCAUUGACCGCCGGUGCGGCCUUGGACAGAGCCCCGGAAUGGCCCGGCUCCGGGUCGCCUGCCUCGAAGCGGGUUUUGGCCGCGUCCUCGGCACUGCAACUUGGAUUCGAAAAACUCCUCGUGUCUGACGAGAAGCGUCACGGCAACAGCGUCUACUUUUUGGAUUCCUGUGCAAUGCCUCGCACCCUAGCCAGUAAGCAUGGCAAGGACACCAUCAAAAUUUGGAAAGUCGACCAAGGGACCGUCCAGGGAGUUAUUAAAUUCCCGGCCUACACCGAAGCACAGUCUCGCUCACGAGACUACCUGAUUCGAAGCCAUUCUAUUGUGUCCGAGUCGUCGAAUCUAAUAGCGGUCACCACUCGGUUCGGCAGGACGCUCGAGAUUUGGAACUGGAAAAGGAGGAAAUGCUUGCAGACCAUCACCAACGCCGACCGCUGGACAGCCGGGAGGAGCGAAGGGUACGGCAAUGACUGCAGUUCUCUGGCAGUCUAUCGAGCAGCCACCAACUCAAUCAGCUUUUACAACGUCGGGAAAGACAUGAAAGGCUUGACCGAGCAACCUGCCAUCGACCUCACCCAAGGAAAGCUCCCUUUUGUGCCCCAGUACCCGGAGCUUGCGAUGUCCACGACCAGCCCUCUGCUGGUAGCCGCCGCCGGACCUCGGCCGCCCAAAGCAGGACACCCACCUCCGGAAAAGGAAACAUUGCUGGUUGCUUGGGAGACUCACAAGGAUGGUGCUAUUUCACAGAAACCAUAUCGGGCAGUCAGACCUUGGCAGCAUGAAGAGAUAAGCACUGCCGUGCCGUGUCAGCUUUCUGUGUACGGCAGCGUUGCCGUAUCCAUCUGGAUUCCGGCCAGUUUCCAAGCGGUCCCGGCGCCUCCGUCUCGAGGAGGGCUGGGAUAUAAUCUGGCCCACGUCCCAGUCAGGAAUCGUCAUGUCCUGGUCUGGGACCUCGCGGCCUCUUGUACAUGGACGUUUGCCAUUCCCAAUUGCCCCGCAUGCAUCUCUCCAGACUGCCGCUACGUCGCAUACUGCCAUGCAAGCGGCGCCGAGAUUGGUGCCAGGGGGUGCUUGUCUAUACUCGACGUUCGGGAGGGCAACGAAGUCUGGAGCUGGCCCGACAAAGACGCCUUGGCGAUAAACAGCGGGCCCCAGCCGGGCUUUAAGCAGUUUGAGGACCUGGGGAGUGUGAGCGAGCUCUCGUUCUCGGCUGACGGCACGUUUUUGCUGGUUGGUGAUAAGUCGGGACGCAUUGGCAUGUAUAACAUCAGAGACAAGAUGAUGCCCUUUUGA